GUGCUGUAAUUCUGGUUACCAUAUCCAGGUCUAAAGACCACAAAACACUUUUUCUGGAUUCUGUUGAGGGCAUCUGCCACACUGGCCCUACCUCACCUGAAACUUGUAGCAAGCUACAGUCACGUAAGACAAAGUGAUGCAGCGGGAGUGACGCAGCAGCCUCCAGAAGACAACUAUACACAGCGGGAACAGGGAACCUCUGCCAGAACCAUAGUCCACAGGCAACUUCCAGACAGCAAUGAAGAGGGAUGAUGGUGAAGGCCUAAUCUAGGCUAAAGGGAGAACGGGAGCCGGGUUGUCACUGUCCUUUCCUCUUCCUAAACACCAGAGAGACUUCCCCAGUGGCAGAGACAGGCCCAGCAAGACCUUCCGCACAGAGACAUUUUGAUGACUGUGGUGUCCCCGUGCACUCAGAACCUAAUGGAUAGUGCUCACCCUCACACUGUGCUUAGCAAGCUCAAUGAGCAGCGCUCACAAGGCCUCUUCUGUGAUGUUACCAUUGUGGUGGAGGAUGUUAAGUUUCAAGCCCACAAGAACAUCCUGGCAGCCUGCAGCGGGUACUUCAGGAACGCUCUGACAAUUCCUGAGACAUGGAGCUCUAGCCAAGUGCUGGAGCUGAUGGACCUGAAGUCUGAGGUGUUUGCCAGUAUCCUCAACUUCAUCUACUGCUCAAAGGUGACAUCACCUGGUCCAGAGGACACAGGGGGGCUGGUGGCAGCUGGAAAAAGACUUGGAAUUCCUUUUUUAGAGAAGCUUGCAGAACAAGAAAAGCUUGACGAAUGUGUUAAAUUCACAGACUCCAGCAACAAAGCAACAAAGGACGCUCCCAGGCCUAAGGACAUUGACAGAGGGCCACGCAUCACCAAUGCCUUCUCUAUCACUGAAGAGUGUCCUGGGAACAAUCUUUUCACCCCACUGGUUCAAACCAAUGGGGAGAGGCAGUCACCAGACAUGGGACAGCUCCCAUCAAGUUGCCCCACAACCUCUUGUCUCAACGGGAACGAGACAACCCAAGCCCUCUCAGAGCACUCAUAUGCAGUAAGUAAAUCUACUGAAGGCAAAGACAGCAGUCAGUGGGACAACAAGAAGGUCUGUAAGCCAGCAACAUCUCAGCCAAAGCACCUCAUUUACAGGAACGCAGGUCCGCUUAAAAAGCGUCACAGGCUGACAAGCACAUUGUGUCGAAAUAUACUUCCAACUCCAGCUGAACCACAAACAGAUAAACCAAAUACAAUAACCUCCACAUUAGCCGAUGGUGUUUCUGCAGCACCUGUUGCAGUCAUGACACCACCUCUGCUUUUUUCAGAGGCAGAAACAGAAAAAAGUAUAAGCCCAGGGCUACCUAUAGCCACUGACAAUGUUCAAAUGGAGUUAGGUCCACCAACCUCUUCCCCUGAGGACAGCAUUUCAAUCUAUGGAUGCAGUCACUGUCCGGAGAUAUUCACAAAUAAAGCUCUUCUCACCAUUCACUCAGAGGUACAUAAAAAUCGUUUUGUUAGUCAUUUGUUUUGUAAGUUUUGUCAGAGAAAGUUCAUACACCUCAAACGGUUGCGCAACCAUGAGCAGGUCUGCCCUAAAGCUGUAAGAGGCCCACCUAAACUGGAUGCUACUGACAUAUCAACCAAGGAGGUUGAACUCCAUUCAGAUGAUAUGCCAAACACGGAGAGCAUUGUGACACAGCCUCCUUCUGCUGACCUCUCCACCCCUUACACCCCAGAGCCCCUUCAAAUGGACCAAUCAGAGCCUCCACAGAAUGAGAAGGCAGUGAGGAUAGGUAGCAGUCAGAGGAGAUACAACUGCAGUGUGUGUAAACGGGUCUACGUCACACUAUCCAGUCUGAAGCGGCACGAGAAUGUACAUUCCUGGCAGAGGGCAUACCCCUGUCAUUAUUGUAAUAAAGUGUUUGCAUUGGCAGAGUACCGUACAAAGCAUGAAAUCUGGCACACAGGUGAACGCCGCUAUCAGUGCAUUUUCUGCCUGGAGACAUUCAUGACAUAUUAUAUCUUAAAGAACCAUCAGAAGUCUUUUCACGGCAUUGAUCCUAGUUUAGUUGUUAAGAAGAAAUCCGCCAACGGUGGUCUGAAAGCCAGUGUUUAUCCAAUCAAACUCUACAGGCUUCUGCCUAUGAAGUUUAGAAAGAGACAAUACAAGACGUACAGUCAGACAUAUUCUGAGAGUGUUGAAAGAGGGGAUGAAGCCCCACCAGACAGCAACUCUCUUAUCCCUCCAUUUGAAGAAAACAAUCUGAUCAGCCACCCUGAUACUGUUUCAUUCCCUCUUACAUUCAUGGCAACGACAACGAUGGUGGCACCUGUCAUGCCUCGCAUCAGCUUUGGCAAGCCAUGUGACCAAGAUGUUGACCAAAGUCUGAACAGUGAUUUGGAAAGUCAGAGAGGCACAAGAAAAGAGGCUGAGAAUAGAGAUUUACCCUUAAUUGACAGUACCUUCUCUUUGCAACCCAAAUCUCCUGCAGUGGGUUAUGAUGAUCCUCCAGUAAGUAACUCAGAGCACCUUAGUCAUAAUGUGCCAUUCUUAAACUCUUUGAACACUGUUAAAAAAUUAGGUGAGCUAUCAGCUUCUGCGAAAAGAGUUGAGGAUAUGACCAAGGAUAUACUUCAAUCAAGCACUGAGAAUCUGGUGCGAGAUAAAAAGGUGGGAGCAACGACAGAAACCUAUAUCGCCAAACCUGCAUGCCCGGGUCCAUCUGUGGAUGGUGGUGCAAUGCCGCUCUGUCAGAUAACAGUGAAAAUAGGCAAUGAAGCCAUCAUCCGCCGCCGUAUCAAAGGAUCCAAGCUCUUCCCCAGAAAGAAAAGAAGAACGAGAGAACUAAGUGAGGAGGAGAGUCCAAGUCAGUGCCCUCCAACACGAGAAAUCUCAGAUAACCCCAGGCUCCGCCUGAGAACAGAAGUCACUUCUGCCACAGAGCCAGAGACAUACGAUGAUCCCAACGACUGUGACACAGCUGAUAUGCUUUGGCGCCCCUACUACUCUUACAAAGCUAAAAAGAAAAAUAAGUUGAGAUUCAAGCACAGAAAGGCCUUGUUUCACGGUUAUCCUGAAUCAUCUGCAGAUAGACCUGCUGCAAGUGAGGCCCACCUUGAUAAAAAUAGUUGGCUGACAGAAGAGAGCAUGUCAGGUGGUAGUGGAGAGGUGAAACGUAGUCUCAGCAGGAACUCCAGCCCAAGGGCCACCUACAACUGUGACAUCUGUGACAGCUCUUUUAUCACAGAGACCGGUCUGAGAGCUCAUGUUAUUGGUUCCCACCCAUGUUUCUGCCGGACCUGUGGUAAACAAGGUCCCCCUGGCGAGGCACCAGCCGGUGGGGAUUACAUCUGCAACAGCUGUAUGGAAAAUGGCUCCUGCUUUGAUAACACACCCCGGAGCCCCAACCCAGAGAAGAAGUAUCGCUGCUCUUUCUGUCCCCAGCGUUUUCUCUACCUUGCCACCAAGAGAAGCCAUGAGAAAAAACACCAGGAGACAAAUGAGGAGGGAUAUAAUUCUGACAACUUCAUGCCAUGUUCUAAAUACUCAGCAUACCUAAGUAAAGACAAUAAACAAGACACCAUCAAAACAGAAGACAGCUACAACCAAGGUGGCCCGGACAUAAAAAGUGAAAGGGUGGAAGGACAUCUUUCCAUUGAUAAAAUUAAGCCUAAAAUUGAGGAUACAACUGACUUUAUGUCUACCUACCAAGACAUGUCAUAUUCCAACAUUAAAAGUCCAUUAUCACCCUGCAUUGACCCAUUGUUUUCCCUGACACCCUCAAAGGUGAAACAUAAAAUGGUGAAAAAAAGGAUUAAUGCACAGCAUUCUAUGCAUCUCAUCUCAAAAAAGCAAGCCUCUGACAGAGACAGCAAUAGCAACAAGGGCAUUUUGACAGGGCAAAAAACAACCAGUCACAUCGAUCUUGAGAAGUCCUGUAAACUAUUUAGAAGAAAUGACUCUGAAACUAAAGGCACCCACAUUUCUAUACACAAACCAGAGAAAUGGAUGUGCAAAGAGGAGCCAUUUUUUUAAAUAUAUUUGAGGACUGUAGACAAUAGGCAAAAGAGAAAGUGAUUGAAACUUGACUUCAAGCUUUUGGUUAGGAAAUGUAAUAGUGUUGUCCUUCCAUCUAAGCUCAAUAAAAUGUUUUAACUGGACAACACUACACAUGAGGAUCUAGUAUAAGCGUAAGUGUUUCUUUUCUCGUAAACUCAACGACUGAGUGCUUUUUCACCUUUGUAGAAGAUAUUUUUUGGGAUAAUAUAGGACCUUCUGAAACAGACUGUAAUUUUUCCAUUGUCUAUGCAUAUAUGGCAGACUUGGUGACAUGAUUGUAAGCAAUUUCAGAACAGGGGUAUGAUGUGUUGGAGAUCUGAAAAGCUGCCUAGUGUGGGUUACCUUACCUUUUUUUUUAUAAAUAUGUCUGUGGAAAACAAUAUACAUUUUUGAAUCUCAUGUUCAUUUAACUGGUCAUGGUAAGUUGCACUUUAUAGUUAGACUAUGCUAAUCUGUUGGUUAAAUACUUUGAUAAUUAAAUUCUAAGCACCAUUAAUAUAAUUCUAAUUUCCAAUUAC